AUGAUUAACACAGCAACUUUAUUCUCUCUGGGUCUCUUGAGCUUGAGUGGUGCAUUUGGCAGUAAUACACAUGAAGUGAAGUCAGUAUCAGUGAUGGAGGGAGAUUCUGCCACUCUAAACAAUGAUGUUAACGUACAGAGAGAUGAUCUGAUACUGUGGAUGUUUGGACCUCAAUACACUCGUAUAGCUGAAAUCAAUAAGCAAGUCAUUGAUAUAUUUAACAGUAAUGUGAAAUUUAGAUACAGACUCCAAAUGAACAGUCAGACUGGAUCUCUGACCAUAAGAAACAUCAGAACUGAACACUCUGGACUUUAUAAACUAGCCAUCUUCAGCAGCAGGGGAACUACAUACAAGAAUUUCAGUGUUACUGUCUAUGCUCGUCUGCCAGUUGCUGUCAUCACCAGAGACUCUUCACAGUGUUCUUCAUCAUCUGAAAGACCAACAAACCAGAAUUGUUCACUGCUGUGUUCAGUGUUGAAUGUGAGUGAUGUGACUCUCUCCUGGUACAAAGGAAACAGUUUAUUGUCCAGCAUCAGUGUAUCUGACCUCAGCAUCAGUCUCUCUCUACCUCUGGAGGUGAAAUAUCAGGAUAAAAACACCUACAGCUGUGUGCUUAACAAUCCCAUCAGCAACCAGACCAGACAUCUGGACAUCACUCAACUUUGUCACACAGAUUGCAAUUCACCAUGGCUUGUUGCAGCAUUAACAUUUGCGGUAGUACUGGCUAUGCUAGCAAUUGUGAUGGGCUGUCUUUACAGGAAAUACAGAACAUCAAGGCCAAAAGCUGAAACGGUUCAGACAGACGACAGUGAGCUAGCUUAUGCCGAAACAACAUUUUUACCUAAUGUUCAAAACAAGAAGCCUAGGACAGAAGAGACCAUAUACUCCACCGUCAAUGGACACUGAUCGAACAUGCAGCAGUCUCUCAUUUCACCACAAUGGCUUUGCACACCUGCAUCUGUCAGCAUUACAACACUUGAUUGAGGAGAGAGAACCCUGAUUUGCUCUUGAUUUUCUUUGCUUUUAACAUAAAAGGAAACGUUUUAAAGAACUUUGGGGUCCAAACAACAUUGGGCCACAUUCACUCUUACCGUGUA